GUGAUCUUUGCUUCGUGACCUUGCUGGACUCUCCUUGGCUUGGACCUCCUCGCUCGCCGUAGAUGUCAGCGCGUCAGCUUGUUCGGGCCAAAUAUGUUCGUCUUCUUCCUGCUGGUGCUGCCAUAAACGUGGAAGCGGAAUCAUGUCUCUCGGUGGAGAAGGCAGCCGGGGCUUCUACUUCAGCACCGUGUUGUCUCUGGCUCGCUCGCUGGCGGCUCACCGGCAGGCGCCCCUCGACAAGGUGCAGAAGUUGCAAUGCAUGUGUCCCGUGGAUGUGAGAGGAGUGUUUCAGCUGGACGAGAGGCGGCGAGAUGCUGUGGUCGCUUUGGGCAUCUUCUUGGUGGAGUCCAACCUGCAGCACAAGGAUGCCAUCGUUCCGUACCUUCUCGGACUUCUCAAGGGACUUCCUCGAGUUCAAUGGAUCGAGGAGAGCUCAGAGCGCAAAGGACGAGCGACACUUCCAGUUGCGGAGAACUUCAGCUUCUGUCUCGUGACGCUUCUCUCAGACGUCGCCCAGCGAGAUGAAUCAUUGCGUGGACAGAUCCUGGAGGCCAUCAUGGACGUCAUGCAGGUCCUGCAGGAGGUCUGCAAGAAUCCUGAGGCUCAUGAUAAAGAGUACCUGUGUCGCUACACGGUCCCGACCUUGCUCGGCGUGGCCAGAGCUUUCGGCCGAUACAGUAACACAGACGAGCCGCUGCUGACCAAGCUCUUCCCUCGGCCGGUGGCUCCGCCUCUUGCUGCCAUGGACGACAGCGACGCAGCACGCCGGCGCUCCUUCAACGACUUCCGCUCCAUCCUGCCCAGCUCCUUCCUCACCGUGUGCCAGGCGGACACGCUGAGGCGUAAGAGCUCCUCUGUGUCGUCCGUGUCGCAGGCCAGUCCAGAGAGGACGGGGCUGACCCCCAGCUCCCCCGCUGACCCCUCAACACCCUACUUUGAAGGCUCCUACCUUCCUGACGGCAGCUCCGUGGACCCCGACUACUACUUCUCCACCAUCAGCUCCAGCUUCUCCGUGUCGCCUCUCUUCACUGGCAGCAGCUGCGGAGAGUUCCACAUCCCGCUGGACACGCUCAGACAACUGCUCCACAUGGUUGAAGAAAUAGUGUCGGAAUCGUUUUUAAAGUCGCUGGAUGAAACCUUGGCAGAACUGUUGGAGCAAAGUCCAGGUCUUCAUGUGUACUACAAAGCCUUCAGUGACUCCUUGUACGUAGCCGUAUUUAAAAUGCUCAGAGACACCCUGUACAACCUGAAAGACCUCCAGAUUGACUUUGUCAAGGAGGUCCACGACUUUGUGCUGGAGCAGUUCAGCAGCAGCCAGUCGGAGCUGCAGAGGAUCCUGCACGACGUGGAGUACCUGCAGAGCGAGCUGAGCCCUCUCAAACUGCGCUGCCAGGCCAACGCCGCGUGCGUGGACCUCAUGGUGUGGGCGGUGACCGAGGAGCAGGGAGCGGAGAACCUUUGCAGCAAGCUGUCAGAGAAGCUGCAGUCCAAGACCUCCAGUAAAGUCAUCAUUGCUCACAUGCCCCUCCUCAUCUGCUGCCUGCAGGGCUUGGGUCGCCUGUGUGAGCGCUUCCCAGUGGUGGCCCACUCCGUCACCACGUCGCUGAGGGACUUCCUGGUGGUUCCCUCUCCGGUCCUGGUCAAGCUGUACAAAUACCACAGCCAGUGCACGCCAGCAGGCGGUGAGAUCAAGAUCCAUGUGACCAAUGAGUACUCCCAGUCCACCCUCAGCAGCAACCUGAACAAGAAGAGCCAGCCCUCCAUGUAUGAACAGCUGAGGGACAUCUCCAUAGAUAACAUCUGCAGGUGCCUGAAGGCGGGGCUGACUAUGGAUAACGUCAUCGUUGAAGCUUUCCUCGCCAGCCUGUCCAAUCGUCUGUACAUCUCACAGGAAAAUGACAAAGAUGCUCACUUGAUCCCGGAUCACACCAUCCGGGCGCUGGGCCACAUUGCCGUGGCCCUGCGGGACACUCCCAGAGUGAUGGAGCCCAUCCUGCAGAUCCUGCAGCAGAAGUUCUGCCAGCCUCCUUCUCAGCUGGACGUGCUUAUCAUUGACCAGCUGGGCUGCAUGGUCAUCACGGGCAACCAAUACAUCUACCAGGAAGUGUGGAAUUUAUUCCAGCAGAUCAGCGUGAAGGCCAGCUCUAUGGUCUACUCCACUAAGGACUACAAGGACCAUGGAUACAGGCACUGCUCGCUGGCUGUCAUCAACGCUCUGGGCAACAUCGCAGCCAACUUGCAGGCCGAGCAGAUGGUGGACGAGCUGCUGGUCAACCUGCUGGAGCUCUUCGUCCAGCUGGGCCUGGAGGGGAAGAGGGCUAGUGAGCGGGCGGCGGACAAAGGCCCGGCUCUGAAGGCAUCGAGUAGUGCUGGCAACCUCGGAGUUCUCAUUCCUGUCAUCGCAGUGCUGACUAAAAGGUUGCCGCCCAUCAAGGAGGCCAAACCUCGGCUGCAGAAGCUUUUCAGGGACUUCUGGCUCUACUCGGUAGUCAUGGGCUUUGCAGUGGAAGGCUCAGGUCUGUGGCCUGAGGAAUGGUACGAGGGCGUUUGCGAGAUCGCCACCAAAUCUCCGCUGCUGACGUUCCCGAGCGGAGAGCCUCUCCGCUCCGAGCUGCAGUACAACUCCGCUCUCAAGAACGACACCGUCACGCCGGCGGAGCUGAACGACCUCCGCAGCACCAUCAUCAACCUGCUGGACCCGCCGCCAGAGGGCGCCGCACUCAUCAACAAGCUGGAUUUCGCAAUGUCCACGUAUUUGCUGUCCGUCUACAGACUGGAGUACAUGAGGAUGCUGCGUUCCCUGGACUCGGAUCGUUUUCAGGUCAUGUUUCGUUACUUUGAAGACCGAGCCAUCCAGAAAGACAAAUCUGGAAUGAUGCAGUGUGUGAUUGCUGUCAGCGACAAGGUCUUUGAGGUUUUCCUGCAAAUGAUGAUCGAGAAAGCAAAAACCAAAGCACACGAGGAGGAGCUGGAACGCCACGCUCAGUUCCUGCUGGUCAACUUCAAUCACAUCCACAAGAGGAUCCGCAGAGUGGCUGAUAAAUAUUUGUCUGGCCUGGCGGAAACCUUCCCUCACUUGCUCUGGAGCGGCCGAGUGCUGAAGACCAUGUUGGACAUCCUGCAGACGCUGUCGCUGUCGCUCAGCGCAGACAUCCACAAAGACCAACCUUACUACGACAUUCCCGACACCCCUUACAGGAUAACGGUCCCGGAUACAUAUGAAGCCAGAGAGAGCAUAGUGAAGGAUUUUGCUGCUCGCUGUGGGGAAAUCCUCAAGGAGGCAAUGAAAUGGGCUCCGUCUGUGACCAAAUCCCACCUCCAGGAGUAUCUGAACAAACAUCAGAACUGGGUGUCGGGUCUCUCGCAGCACACGGGCCUGGCCAUGGCCACCGAGAGCAUCCUGCACUUUGCUGGCUACAACCGACAGAGCACCACGCUGGGGUCCACUCAGCUGACUGAGAGGCCAGCCUGCGUGAAGAAGGAUUAUUCCAACUUCAUGGCCUCCCUCAACCUGAGGAACAGAUACGCAGGAGAGGUGUCAGGUAUGAUCCACUUUGCCCAGGCGGUGCGGGGCCAGUCGGACUUGGGCCGCCUGAUGAUCAAACAGAUGGGGGAGGCUUUGGACUUGGCCCAGCCUGAGGGAUUCACCGAGGCCAUGUUCAAAUUGGCCGCCUUGCUCAUCAGCACCAAAGAGUACGACCCUCAGCUGCUUCACCACCUCUGCUGGUCCCCUCUCAAGAUGUUCACGGAGCACGGCAUGGAGACGGCCAUCGCCUGCUGGGAAUGGCUGUUGGCCGCACGCGUUGGCAUGGAAGUGCCGUUCAUGCGGGAAAUGGCGGGAGCAUGGCAGAUGACAGUGGAGCUCAGGAUGGGCUUGUUCUCCAACACACAGCAAGAGGCUGACCCCCUGGCCGCAUCCGAAGAGAGUCAGCCCAUCCCCUGCCCGCCGGAUGUCACUCCUCAUCAAAUCUGGAUCGAGUUUCUAGUGCAGAGGUUUGAGAUAGCCAAGUACUCCAGCGCAGACCAGGUCGAGAUCUUCUGCAGUUUGCUGCAACGUUCGCUGUCCCUCAACGUGGGCGGGGCUAAGGGUAGCCUCAAUCGCCACGUAGCCGCCAUCGGACCUCGCUUCAGGCUGCUGACGCUAGGCCUCGCUCUGCUGCACUCUGACGUCAUCAUCAACGCCACUGUAAGAAACGUGCUCAGAGAGAAGAUCUACUCCACGGCCUUUGAUUACUUUAGUGUGUCUCCAAAGUUUCCCACCCAAGGUGACAAGCGUCUGCGCGAGGACAUCAGCAUCAUGAUCCGCUUCUACGCCAGCAUCCUCUCGGACAAGAAGUACCUGGCAGCGUGCCACCUGGUCCCCCCCGACAAUCAGGACCCGUCCUUGAACAGCCUGUCUGUGAUGAAUGCCGCCGACCUCCGGAGCAACAUGGACUCCAGCACUCGCUCCCAGCAGAGCGGCCAGGGAUGGAUCAACACCUACCCGCUGUCCAGCGGCAUGUCCACCACCUCCAAGAAAUCUGGCGUGUCCAAGAAGAGCAACAGAGGGACACAGCUCCACAAGUACUACAUGAAACGCAGGACUCUCUUGUUGGCUCUGCUGGCGAGCGAGAUCGAGCGCCUGACCACGUGGUACAACCCACUGUCCACUCAGGAGCUGGCCAUCGCCAUGGAGCAGUCGGUGGAGACCAGCAUUGCCAACUGGAGGUCCAAGUACAUCAGCCUGACGGAGAAACAGUGGAAGGACAACGUCAACCUGGCCUGGAACAUCGCACCCUACCUCGCCAUGCAGAUGCCAAGCAGGUUCAAGAACGAUGCCAUCAAUGCUGAGGUCACCAGGCUGGUUCGUUUGGACCCCGGGGCCGUUAGCGACGUUCCAGAAGCUGUGAAGUUCCUGGUGACGUGGCACACCAUCGAUGCAGACUCUCCAGAACUGAGCCACAUCCUCUGCUGGGCACCGGCAGACCCGCCCACCGGCUUGUCCUACUUCAGCAGCAUGUACCCACCCCACCCGCUCACCGCCCAGUACGGCGUGAAGGUGCUACGCUCCUUCCCCCCGGACGCCAUCUUGUUCUACAUCCCUCAGAUUGUACAAGCCCUUCGCUAUGAUAAGAUGGGCUACGUCAGAGAGUACAUCCUGUGGGCGGCCCAGAAGUCUCAGCUCCUCGCCCACCAGUUCAUCUGGAACAUGAAGACCAACAUCUUCAUGGAUGAGGAGGGACACCAGAAAGACCCUGACAUUGGGGAGCUGCUGGAGCAGAUGGUGGAGGAGAUCACAGGAUCACUGUCGGGUCCGGCCAAAGACUUCUACCAGCGAGAGUUUGACUUUUUCAACAAAAUCACCAACGUGUCGGCCAUCAUCAAGCCGGUCCCCAAGGGGGAUGAGAGGAAACGGGCCUGCUUGAAGGCUCUGUCAGACAUCAAAGUUCAGCCAGGUUGUUACCUACCCAGUAACCCUGAGGCCAUAGUUCUGGACAUCGACUACAAGUCUGGCACCCCCAUGCAGAGUGCCGCCAAGGCGCCUUAUCUGGCCAAGUUCAAGGUGAAGCGCUGUGGUGUGAGUGAACUGGAGAGGGAGGGGUUACGCUGCCCCUCCGACUCGCUGGACGACAGCGAGGACAAUCCUGACGGGACGCGGAGGGCCUGCUGGCAGGCGGCUAUCUUCAAAGUGGGAGACGACUGUCGGCAGGACAUGCUGGCGCUGCAGAUCAUAGGACUCUUCAAGAACAUCUUCCAGCUGGUGGGUCUGGAUCUGUUUGUCUUCCCGUACCGGGUGGUGGCCACUGCUCCCGGGUGCGGCGUGAUCGAGUGCAUUCCAGACUGCAAGUCCCGGGACCAGCUGGGCAGGCAGACGGACUUUGGCAUGUACGACUACUUCAGAAACCAGUAUGGAGAUGAAUCCACGCUCGCCUUCCAGAAGGCUCGCUACAACUUUAUUCGCAGCAUGGCGGCGUACAGCCUCCUGCUCUUCCUGCUUCAGAUUAAAGAUCGACACAACGGCAACAUCAUGCUGGACAGCAAAGGACACCUCAUCCACAUUGACUUUGGCUUCAUGUUCGAGAGCUCUCCUGGUGGCAACCUGGGCUGGGAGCCGGAUAUCAAGCUGACGGAUGAGAUGGUGAUGAUCAUGGGAGGCAAAAUGGAGGCCACGCCCUUCAAGUGGUUCAUGGAAAUGUGCGUCAGAGGAUAUCUGGCUGUAAGGCCUUACAUGGAUGCCGUGGUCUCUUUAGUCACACUCAUGCUGGACACGGGACUCCCGUGCUUCCGAGGACAAACCAUCAAACUCCUCAAAGGAAGGUUUAAUCCUCAGAUGAGCGAGAAAGAAGCGGCGGCAUUCAUCAUCAAGGUGAUCCAAAGCUGCUUCCUCAGUAGCAGGAGCAAGACAUACGACAUGCUGCAAUACUACCAGAACCAAAUUCCCUACUGAGGUUUGUCCUGGAGUGCGAGUCCAGUGCGGACGCUAAUCCCGGACGAGAUAGCAGCGCUACUUUCCCUCUGAAAGCAAUAAGUCCAAUUUUAAGCAGUGAACCACCUUUACCAAAAGAGCUUUUUCAAAUCACCCUUUAAAGUAUUGGUCAUCAUCGCCAUAUAUCGUUUACAUGCUGCUCCUCACUUCCAGUGCACUUUAUUUCUGGCAGUAUUCACACAUCACAUUCAAGAUAAUCGUAUUGGUGUGAGAGUCAAUCUGCAGUGUUUUUUAAUGUUUUAACCAAUGUUGCUGUAGAUUGAAACACACAUUUUAUUAAGGUGACAAGGACAAAUGGUCAGUCAGUGUUUUAGUUACAUUCCAGCGGCAGUGGGAUGCAUUCUGGGAACUUUGAGAUUGUUGGCGUCAAAGAAUCAUGAAUCAGGCGACAUGUAGUGGAAAUGACAAGCGUGCACACCAAAUCCUACACGUUGUGUUUGCAAACCUGUUUGGAAACAUUCCUUGUGUGUGUGUGUGUGUGUGUCAUGUGACCUCGCUGCCGCUAAGGACAACUUGACCUAAAAAGCCAUUUCUGCGACCCUCAAUAUGCAAUAUUCCCGUGUACUGAUGCUGUAUUUGUGUGUCCACAUUCACUCCAGUGUGUCGUGUUGUCAUCGCACAGCUGAGACUGCUCUGGUUUUAAACUUGAAGAGGUUUUUAUUGUUUUAUUGUUAAUUCUUCUCACCUUUAACUGUAAAGUAAACACGCUGGUAAAAGGUUCAAUUUGUAGACAAUUGAACAUACUUCAUUUUAACCUCCAGCCAGUAGGGGGCUGUACCUUAUCAUAAAGGAAUUCUAAGCAUGAGGGUGAAACUAGCAUACUAACAUCCACUUUGUAAACAGGCGUUGGAUUGUGAUGUGUUGUUUUAUUUCACGUUAAAUCUACAUUUGUACCACACUGUCGCCCAUGGAGGAAAAAAGUACUACAUGGCGUGUUAGCCGUUAGCAUGUCAGACUGAAACUCUUCUUUUACAAGUUGUACCUUUAACCACAGAGCAUACGUUUGUCAAUGUUCGUGUUUGUAUGUUUCAUCAGAGUCAAAUGUGUUUAUUUUGAAUGUUUUGGCUCAUCAUACUGUCAACGGUCAACAACACCCUGGC